AUGCAUUCAUAUAAAUCACCGAAAACGAAUUUGCAGGAAAUAUUGACCAAUAUAUAUUCUCUAGAAAAUGACAAAUGUAGCUUUUCAAAUUUGUUAAACAACAAAAAUAAUCAACAUAUGAUUAAUAAUGACUGUUUUGGACAUCUAAUCGAGUUAAGUCGAAAUGUCAACUUGACGUUAUUUUCUUCAACGAAUAACAUUUUUUAAUAAUUAAUGCGUGUUGUCUGUGGUGCUUCAUGCUCAAGUGAAAUUUAAGUGGACGUAAGCGAGGCGUUUCAACGUAUUCUGCUGAACAAGCGAUUCGGGAGCCGGAUUGAAUUUGAUAGUGUGCUAAAGGAUUUCCAUAAAGUAUGGAAGAAGAAAUCUAUGUUUCCUUAGAAUACCCAUAUGCACUUUGUUCACGCAGAAAGUAAAUUGUUGAAG